UGCACCGAAGACAAUACACGAGACGGACGCAUCCCUGUCCCGAUCUGGUCCACGUCAGUUUUCGCCGUCCGUUCGGGUUUUGCUGAAGAUUCUGAGUGACCGCACUGCUAGCGACGGUGAGUUUCGGGUGAGUUUCGCGAACGCGCCGUCCCAAGCUUUUGGGGCUAACAAACUGCGACUGUGAGUCACGGGCGCACGAGAGUUACAUAAGCUGGAUUCCGAUUGUGCGCGGUGACUUGUUGUUGCCACAUUCGACUGAUACGGUACACGAAGAAGAACAGUACCAGUCGCGGGAGCUUUCGGAGCUAGUGGGCGAGUGUUUUAAUGAAAAAAAUUAUAAUAUUUAAAAACAGUGUUUUACCACGCAUUCUUUGCUGAGGAAAAAAAUCCUGCAUCAGGAAGAGUUGUUUUGGGUGAAGAUCAGAGGAUCAAACAAUGUUUUGAAAACUGGUGAGAAGUGGCAUCAUUAUCAGUGAUUGACAGUGACGCAAAUGAUCAACGAGAAGGAUUUAAACGACGCCAGGACUGGAGGGGCACGAACCUGAAAUUUUGAUUCGACUUCAAUCGGCGGACAUCGACGAACUUCAGAAUGCAAUACAAUCAACGAUGCAACGAUGGAUUAAGUGCACUGAAAUGAUCUCAACUGCUGUGAACACGACUAACUCAACGUAAUCCUGGAGAGAGAAAAAAACAGUGAAAUCAAAUAUCAAGUUGCUUGAGUGGAAAAGCCACCGAUCAAACAAGUCUAACAGGAAUCAAGUGAUCCCGAGGGAUUAAAUGGCAAAUAGAGUGAGACGGUUGUGACGGUGUGGGAGAGAGAAGAAUCGGGAAUAAAUUGCGACUUUUUUUUGCUGCUGUUAUUGCAAACCGUGUAUCAGUUUGUUGUGCAGCUGAAGGCAAUACCCAAGUGACAGUGGAAACGGUGAUCCCGAGGGGAACUCGUGUGUGGGACCAGUCGUUUUUCCGUGCGGCAACAAACAGAAUGCGAUAUCCGUAGUGAUUUGAAUAAGCUAGAACGCAAUUCAGUCGCCUUUCCGGAGAUCAAUCCAGAAGAACCAUCGAACGUAUCAAAAGUUCGCAAGUGUGUACGUUAGUGUUUGUGUGUGCGAGUGUUUUGUUAGAGCGAUUCUACAGUUCAUGUGAUCGCGAAAAUUAGCGAUCCCUUCAGCAAAGGGGUACCAGAACCAGAAUCUCAUCAUAAUCAUCUUCAACCAUGAACACUCAAUUAACGCGUGUCUAGCUGAAGGAUUACGUCGUCCCGUUCCACAAAGACAGCCGAAACCUGUGACACCUAUGGGCGCCGAGUAAAGAAAAAGCUAAUCACCAUGGCCGGAACGCAAUCACCCCGGAGCGUGACGCCGAACGUCCAGCAGGACUACGACGUGACGCGUAUGCGAGAGGAGGACUUUGAGCGGCUGGCCGUGUACAUCGUGCCGGAUGUGGCAUGCGACAAAGGCUUCCCGAAUCGGGCAGAGAAAACCCUGCCCCGCAGUUUGACACUCAAACCAUCGUUGGUCCUGUCGACGCCAACGACGACGACCGAGGGCGUAUGGAGCACAGGAGUGAUACCGCGUGGGACCCGGUUCGGCCCAUUCGAAGGUGUCCGGACACCCAGUCAUCCCAGUGAUAAGCAGUUGUGGCGGUAUUUCUGGAGGGUGCAAGAGCUACGACAUGUUUCCUACGGGAAUAUUAAGAUAUUCAAAGACAGUGACUUCUACUACCUGGAUGGGUCAGAUCCGGCGCAGUCCAACUGGAUGCGAUAUGUCGCAUCGGCGUACAGUUUCUCCGUGAUGAAUCUGGUCGCCUGUCAGCACCAAGAGCACAUCUACUUCUACACGAUCCGUGAUAUUAUGCCCAAUGAGGAACUGAUGGUGUGGUACUGUCGGGACUUUGCCAAACGGCUCGGUUACGAUAUCGAUCCGGAACGGGCAACCUACUCGAUCUGUCGGGAGGAAACGCUGAGGAAAACUUAUGCGACGAUUACCAAAGCACCGGUUCCGUCGGAGGUGGCCUACAACCACGUGAAACACGUCAUGGGUCUGUAUCUGCCGGCAAUCCGUAAUGCUCCGACGCCGAGUCCUUCGCCACCGGCUGCAACGUCAACGACAAUGCAACCGACGGUGGUCGUUCCUCCCUCCAAGCAUCAGAUGCACCAGACUGUGCUGCGCGAAACGAGGACCACAACCGAACUGCACGAUCGAUCCCCAAUAAGAAUUGUGAUUCGAGAGCAAAGUCCGCUACCGUUACGAGCUGCAAAAGGACCGGAUGCUGAUUCUCCCAUUUCCCAAAACGGAAAAGAAGCUCACUACGAGCAUCAACUAACGCCAAAUGACGGCUCGGUGAGAUCAGAUGAAGGCUACCACAGCAAUGGGUACCACGAGGAUGGUUUUACUCCACCAGAGGAUUCCAGCGACAGCGAAAGUGAACACAAUUAUGUGUUGGAUUGUUCGAAAAAGGCAAUAGAACCGAAGGAAGCCAGUCUGAAAACGGAAAAUUGUGAUAAGAAUGAAUACCGAAAGGUUAAAAUGAAAAUGCCAUUGAAGUAUGAGUUCAAGAACAACAAAAAUUUUAAGCAGCCGGGCGUGAAGGAGGAGAUAGCCGAAGAGGAAGAAGCUGUAGCGGCACGGGAAACUAAGACCGCGACAAGUACGGUUAUCGUUCUGGAAGCGGUUCCCGAAACGAUCGUACCACUAAGCAAGGCAUACUAUGAACCGGAAACAACCAGCCCCGCUGCAUCUUUUAUUCGCUAUACUCCACCAAGCUCCAGCAUUCUAGAAACGAUACUGACCGGAAACCGAACCCCGGUAGAUGAUCCCCUAAGGAGACAACCGAAUGCUACACCCCCUCCAACUUCACCUACUGAAAUGGCCUACUCAUACAAAAAAUCACAUCGAUACGGAACCGCCUGUAGUCCGGAUUCCAGUUCACAGACUCCGAUGGAACCGGGAGAAAGCGUUCAUCAACCGAUACCAGAACCCAAGCUCAUAAGUAUCGAUCACCGCGAAUCUCAGUCACCGACGAUCAUAUACAGCAGUGAACAUCGACCGCAGCAGGUUCCUUCUCCCGGUCCGUACGAUCCGGCCGUACACAGCUACGGUUACAGCUACCCAUCGCCGAGUGGAACGGUAAUCAACAGUACCCCCAGCUCAACGUAUUCGCCUCCCCUGAACGGUGGCCACUACGAGAGACUGACAACGCACACGAUCCCGUCCCCUAGUGGCUAUGUUCAGCUGCAGGCGAAGGGACAACUGCCGUUAGGUCACCCGCUGAUGCAACCCUUGCCACCUCUAACGCACAUGUCGCCCGGACGAUGUUCGCCACCCAGCAGUCUAAGCCCGGACGGUGGAUCCUACUCGCGAAGUGGUAGCCCAAUGAGUCCCGGUAGUCCCGGAUCCCGUGGUUACCGGAGUUUACCGUAUCCGCUAAGGAAACGGGACGGCAAAAUGCACUACGAAUGUAACGUCUGCAGUAAAACGUUCGGUCAGUUGUCAAACCUGAAGGUACAUCUUCGCACACAUUCGGGCGAGCGUCCCUUCAAGUGUAACGUCUGUACUAAAUCGUUCACCCAGCUUGCCCAUCUGCAGAAGCACCAUCUGGUGCACACUGGCGAAAAACCACAUCAAUGUGAUAUCUGUAAGAAACGAUUCUCAUCCACAUCCAAUCUGAAGACGCAUUUGAGGCUCCACAGUGGCCAGAAGCCGUACGCGUGUGAUCUGUGCCCACAGAAAUUCACCCAGUUUGUACAUCUGAAGCUACACAAGAGGCUUCACACCAACGACCGACCGUACGUAUGUCAGGGUUGUGACAAGAAGUAUAUCAGCGCAUCUGGCCUCCGCACGCACUGGAAGACGACGAGCUGCAAGCCAAAUAAUCUGGAGGAGGAGCUGGCGCUGGCCGCUGCUGCUACCUCCGAGUGUAUGGACAAAGAUCAACCGGAUAGUGAACCUCGAGAGUAUUACGACUUGCAGCAAAUGAAUCACCCGACGACAAUAGGAUCACCCCAGCUACGGCACGUGGUCGGCCAUGUUUCCCCUACUCUACAUGGUUUACCACCGCCGUCCCAUCCGGGACAACCGCCAAUCCACCCGGGACAUAUGUUCUCCGGUCACCCUGGAACGGAUGCGAUCAUCCAGAAAGUUGGUAAAAUCCAACAUUCAUCUACCGUCAGCAGCAGUAGCAAUAACACCCCCAUCAACAACAACAACAACCCUAGCCAUUUGAACGGCAACAUCAUCAACGCCGGUGGUGGAGCUCAAUUUACCUAUCUGAGUGGUUCCCAUGGACCACCGCCACCUCCACCACCGCAACAAGUGCUGCACCACAGCCAGUCUGUUUCCGCUAGCAGCAGCUCCGUAGCCACCACCACCACCACAACCACCAACCCUAAUACAGGUUCCGAACCGACCAGCCGACCCAGUGUGAUCGAAUCCAGUCAACCGAUGAUCAUUGAGUGUACGUAGCUCCAGGUGAUGGGUCCGGGGCCACCUGCAACCCAACGGCUGGACAGUGUGAUUCGAGUAAUCGGCUAGACUCGGAAGUCCGAGUGAAAUCGAUUAGCCCGAACCUUUGCAAAGCAAAUAAUCCUUGUUGCGCGUAAGAUUUAAGAACAUAAACAACUGUGAAUACUACUUUGUAAGGUACCACCACACGGACACAUACACACAUCUACCGGUUAAGAGAAGCAUAAAUUUAUAUAUUUAUUUUUUACUACUAUUGUCAAGCCGAAGCAAAUCAGUUAGAAAAGGCAUGAGAAAUAUUGUUAAGUGUUCUUAAAAUUUACUAGUUAUAUGGUGAUGAAAUCAGAAAAUCGUAAUCCUACUGAAGUUUGUCAUUUUUCUUGAAACUUGAAAAACAAAAUCGAAAAUUUAACGUCUGAUGGCAGAGGGAGAGAGUGAGAGACAGAAGAAGAUAGAGGAAAUCAAGUGAACUGCGGUACUGCGGUGUGUGCGUGUGUGUUGGUAAAUUUCCGGUACCAGCCCUGUAAAUAUAGAAGAUUAGUGCAACGGUACCUGUGAGGGAGAUUUGCCGGCAUCACCAAUACCGUCAUACGACAGUUUUUGUUUUUUAGUGUACGAGAAGACUAUUCGGUGGCUUGUAGUUGUUUAGGAUUAGCUCAGUUUUUUUUGUGUUUGCUUUUAAAAUCGACCGUGCGUUUGUCGCGGUUCGCGGCAUAAUCGGUACGUAAGGAUACGCAUUACUACCGGUGUAUGUACAUAGAGGAGUUGAAAGGGAUGCCGCUGUUCCGAGAGAGGAUAGUGACUACAAUAUAAUAUAUAUAAUAUACAUACGAACGCAACAGACUGAUAUUUUUUCCUUAUUAACAGUUAGAAAAUCAAGGCGAGAAACAGUCGCAGUAGAAACAUUUGUUUGGCAAUCAGUUUCCAAAAAGUUAGGUACGAUUUUUUUUGUUACUUUUUUUGUUAGUAGUUAGUCGAUAGGAAGGCUCACGUAGGCUAUGGGGUGGUGUGCGGGCGUGUGUUCCGGGGCAUACGGUUCAAGGUGAUUAAAAAUGAGCAAAUUUCAUAAGUAGUUUAAAAAUGUUUUCUUCUGAAAACAGUGAACGAAAACAACUAACAAGUGGCUUAUUCAAAAUUCUAAACUAUAUGGUUCGACUACUUAACAUUUGACAUAAACUGAAAUCGUAGGAAGCGUUAAUUUUUCAAACGUGCUUUUUUAUGGCACUUAUAGGAUAAAAUCUAAAUGGUUCAAUGAGUUAUGAAUUUUUGAAAAGAAUUUAUCGUGUACGAUCUUUUGUCAUACUCUAGGAUUCGUGUAUUUCAAUAAGCGAUUCCAAGAACAUUGCUUUCACUUCACUAAUUCGGCAAUAAAAUUUAAAAUUAUACGGCUUACGAUUUAUCUUCAAAUAAAUUCGGCCUGUUGACCAAAACUAAUCGAUUUCUUUGUCAUGGCAAUUUAUACUAAACAAUAAUAGGUACCGGUUUUGGCAAACUUCUUUUUUUACUAAGAGUGUUACGACCGAAAAUUGGCCGCAGAAAACAGAUAUACGGGCUCGUAUAUAAACUGUGUGUAGAGUUUGCUCAUUCGGCGUGACGAAUUCCUGCAGAUGUCACUGCGAUCAAUUCUAUGUUGGGUGCUAGAUUCACUACACAGAAAAUUUUUCGUUUUGCUGUUGGUUAAAAUGAAAAGUUUAUUUUUGAUUCAUUCCGAUUGAAUUCACGUGUGAUUUAAACUACACAAAGUAGUCUUCUACACAUCGGGAAAUCGAGUGAGAAGUGUUAAAAUUGUUGUAGUUGAAAUUUGUCUAUAAUCGGCAGGAGAACUUUGUUUUGGUUUCGUAACGUAGUAGGACGAUCGCGGCGAAUAGCCGAGUAGGUGACAGUAGUCAAACUCGGAUUGUUUAGUAUAUCGUCACGUUUUAGGGCGUUUUUACAGCUCGAUGCACGGUUAUGGAAGGUACUCCCAAAUAGAUUGCUAAAAACUUAGGAGAAGAGGUUUUUGUUACGCUUCAAAUAGCUGACCACUCAAUUCGACAUCCUGAUUUUGGUCUCUGGCUUUCGAUUUCUCCAUUAUCCAAUCUUUCGGGUACUUUUAUUACAUUCAAGGCAGUUUUUCUUACUUCUGGUUGGCACAGCAACUUAUGCUGGAAUUUCUUUCCACUCGUCUACCUAAAACUUCGCUGUGCUGUAACAUCAAGACACCAAUGUGCAGAUUUUCACCGCCCUAACACGAGUCGACUUCCUCAAUCUGGUUAAAAGUUUCGGUAGUUGAUUUUGGAUUUUUGACUGCUUUGACAACUGUUUUUUUUUUUCGUUUCGUCUUCGAUUCGUCAGUGGAGAGCAGUUCAAAUUGUUAAAGUUAACACUUUUUUAUAUUGCGCCGAAUCGUAAUGUCUUCUCUAAGUAGUUCCUAUAAUGUACUUGCAAAAAUAUACUGAAAGAGAGUAGUAUCUAUUCAAAUAUAUGAUAUAUCAGUUCCACCGGUAUAAAGUGAGUGUUAUUUUGUUAAGACAAAACAAUACUUUUGCAUAGGUCAAUAAAAAAAUCAAAACAUUAAACCAUCGGUUUCUACAGAUCUUGAUCACCUGGCAAUUUAUGGAUAUCACGCUAACGAAAAUGCUCGUCUUUGAAAGCAAUCCAAUUUUCGACUUCUUCACAGGAAUCGAAGUAUGCUUAGCCAAUGCGUGUUUUAUCGUUGAAAACAUGUGCUAGUCGAAAGGGGCUAAGUCUGGUGAUUACGACGGAUGGAGUAGCAUCUCCCAGAUUUGUGUUUGAUUGUAUCCUGAACCGAUUUUGCUUUGAGUACAUUGUCGGGUAACAAAAUUACUUUACCUUGUCUUUUGCACCAUUCUUUUUUUGUUUUUCGCGCACUCGAAUCAUUCAUUUGUUGUCUCUAGCGAUUAGUAUUAACAGUUUCAUCAGGUUUCAGACGUUUCUGAUUCCACCAAACACAGAGCGUUCCCAAGCAACCAGAAGCUCAACAAUUACUUGAAACGUUUACUUUUUUUUGCUGUUUAAGAGUACGCGUUGUACUUUUGGUAACUCGAAAGUACAGAAAGUGAACUUUCUCGCCGCAUAGAAGCUGAACAAUGUAUUCUGGAAGUAUAGCUUAGAAUAACGUUUGGUUGCGACAUGCGAACUUUCAAACAUGGAAAAUACUUAAAAACGAACUGCUCAGAAUUCUAUUCGUGAACUUCGAAAUGUGCUUAAGCCAAAUCAGUUCCGUUUAUCGGAACUUUUGGAUAGUUGGGUUGCUUUCUUGACAAAUCGAUUUGGUUUUGCAGCCGAUGUUGACGGUUGUCCCGGAUUAAUCCAUGUUUUUUUCCGUUUGAGGUUCUUAAAAUAAAUCCAUUUCUCAUCGCCAGUGACAUUUCACAAGUGUUUUUUCGGUUUUCCAUCUGUCUUUCAUUCAAUUCAUUUGGCACCCAUUUGUCACACCUUUUGACUUUUUCCACAGCUUUCAAACGGUCAGAAAUUGUUUGUUGUGAAACAUUUCAUAUCACUCUCAUUUGGUUUUGACUAGAAAAACAUCAAAACCAUUAUUUUUGAUCCAUUUCAACCAUCUUAAGCGUAUUAUUUCCGAUAGAGCAUGACCACUCAAAAUAAAGUAAAAAGAAGUCAAACAGUAAUUUUUAUUUUCUGUGUAGGCUUGAUACCAUGGCGAAGGUGACUACUUACGCCUCUUAUGAUUGUGUAUGUGAUUUUCGCACGAAAUGCAUUAUGGCACUCAGGGCUGCUGCAUAUAACGCAUGGGCAAAAAGUAACGGACCUACCAAAGAGAACACAAUUGUUUUGGUUCAAAAUCAACUUCAUUCAUCAACGUAAUCUCCAUCAACAGCAACGCAAUCAUUCCAGCGUCGCUUUCACAAUUCAAUAACACUUUUGUCCCGAAAUAGACCUCAGAUUCAGCAAUAACCUCUUCAAUCGUGCGAAAUUUCUUACCGGCGAACAUUUUUUUAAGCUCUGGGAACAGCCAGUAGUCGUUGGGAUCCGCUUCGUUUUGAUUCCGAAGUGAAGUGAUGAAUCCAUGUUUCAUACAUUGUCACAUAUAGGCGCAAAAAUUCCGGUUUGUUACGUUUAAACAUGGCCAAACACUGCUCACAAUCAUCAACGCGUUCUCGUUUUUUGUCAACAGUGAGAAAACGCGGCUGUUAGGGUGUUAGCCCUUCAUUAGGACGUCCACUGCGUUCUUUAUCAUCGGUAUCUUUAUGACCACGUUUGAAGUCAGCAAACCAACGUUUUAUUGUUGUUUCUUAUGGAGCGGAGUCUUCAUAACACUUUUCAAACCAUUGCUUUGCUUAAACGGUAGCUUUUCCCAUCAAGAAGCAGUGCAAAAAUUAAAAGACGAAAUUGUUUUUGAUCCAUUGCUCUGAAAAUAACAAAAGUACCGUCACUCUUAGCACAAUAACUCACAAACUAAAUAAUAAAAUAUCACGAAAUGUUAACAGCUAUCUUUUAAAGGUUAGUAUUAACUGAAAAAAGUGACUGCAAUAAAACUAGCGCCAUCUAUGUGUUAGGCCAGGAACUUUUCAGCCCAUGUGUUAUUAGGUUCAUUGGAUAAAUGUCUAAAUGAACCGACAGAGUGGGAAAAGAAAAGUCUUAUUGUGGGAAGCGGGAUAUUCCAAUCGUCAAAACUGAAAAAUAUUUUUUUACCUUUUUCUUGUACUCAUGAUAACAUAAAAAAGGUCUAUUUUUUGUUUUCUGUUCAGAAAAAUUGAAGUUCAAAAUUCAAAAUUCAAACCAUUCAAUAUAUCGAAAUCCUCUUAGAUUUCUCUGUUUCAUUUUUGUCUUUGUGCUUCCUAUGAAAAAAAAUUGCAAUAAAUAAUAGUUUGCCAUCUUAUUUCUUAAUCUGAAAUAGUCAAGUGACCCAAUUUGACUAUACCUUUGAAUAGCCAGGAAACGAUUAUGAAAAAGAAGUAGUUGAACUCCGAAGGUUUCUGAAAAGCACUUUUUUUUACCUUAAGAUUCAGUCACUCACCCAAGCAAUCAAAAGUGGUGUCUCACCCGCUAUUUCAGUCAUCUAUUCUAUCGGAUCUGUUUGUUGCUACUAUCAAAGACGAAUUUUGAAAAAUUACAACUCAAGAAAAUUGGACUGGAUAAUGUCUUCUGUAAUGUAUUACACUACUGUGGGCAAAAAAUAGUAAGACUUUGUUCUAAAUUUCAAAAUUCUUUGCAAAUGUAAUCAAAAUUACACUUGAUUCAAACAAAAUCCAUUAAAUUUUUCUUAUAUGAAGACUGAAUUAAGGUUCUACUUUCAAUCUUAGGAAAAUAGCCAUUGUUAAAAAAACGCCAUUGUUGAAGCUACUACUAGAUGAAUCGAGAAAAAUAUGUCAAAUAAACUGACAGUUCUCUUCUAAAUUUCCGCUCGAGAAAAAAAUUGCUUCUGCACUUUGUAUCUGUACAACAUUGCUUCCGCCGUUUUUUUCCAAAAUUAAAAGCUUUAUUGCGAAUAAGUGCUUACAGAUGUAUUAUUCAAAGUAUUGUCCGCCGCUCGUCGUCGACAACUUUCUCCCAUCUUUCCGGCAAUUUUCGGGUCCCGGCUCGAAAAAAGGAGUCCUCUUUUGACGCUAUCCAUGAAGCAAUCCAUUUUUCCAACCAUGCCCAGGACCUUGAGACGUUUUAAAAUGGCUUGCUGACUCACUCCCAACGGUUCGGCAAGCUCUACUUGGGUUUGGCACGAAUCUUCAUCAAGCAAUGCUUCUAGUUGUUCAUCUUUGAAGGUUGUUUUCUGUUCCACCACCAUGUUUGUCUUCGACAUCGAAAUCACCAUUUUCAAAACGUUGAAACCACUCCCGACACGUUCUUCUACUCAGACCAUCACCGUAAGUUCCUGAGGGCAUUCGAUGGCAAAUGGUGAGAAUUGGGCACAUAAACCGACAUUUUCGUGCGUGAAUAAUACGAAAACAAGAACAACUGUCACUGAAAAGGCGAUGACAAUUCGUUAGGCACUAACACACACUCACACACACACUCACUUUAAAGGCAUGAUCAUCGAUGUAUUUUGACCAGCCUCAGCCGGUACAGCCACCUAUCGGAAAACGGCGGAAGCAAAGUUGUAUACCUGAGAACAAUGGUUGAUUUUCCUAAGAAUUUUUAAUUUUGUGAAUUGCUCCUAAAGACGUGAAACAAAUAGAAACGUUUACUUUCACAAUUUCUUGUGCAUAAAUUUCAAACAAAAUGUGAAAAAGGUAUAAAAGGAUCACUUUUUCCAAUAUUUAAUAAUUUUUUUUUGUUUCAUUCGUUCCAUUUCAAGUUUCAUAAAAACGCGCUUAACGAUGAGUUUUUUUUUUUCAUUAAAGCAAUAUUAAGAAAACCGUAUUUUACCUUUAACUGAGUGAAUAAAACUGACUCCGUUAAGUGAAUGUUUCUAUUUUGUAAAUUUUACCAAAUUUUCUGUAAUUAUGUACAUGGGUGUUAUGCUUACUGCUUGAAAUCCCUCCCUCCAAUAUUAAGUAACUGAACGUCGGAAAAUUGUGGAUUUUUAGUUCCCUAAACACAUUUUUAACAAUGUUUCGAGUUGAUAUGCUUUGUUAUAACUUGUUUAAAACUGGUUGAAUUAUGUAGCAUCUGAAAUUUCGAAGACACCAUAAUACAUUUUAUGUUGUUUUCGCUUGAUGCCAAACCUAACCUAGUUUCAACUCUAACUGCUGUCAAACCGUUUGUUUGAAGCCAAUUUAGAACCUAGUUUCAACGUUAUUGAACUGAAAAUCGAGUUAGUUUCGAACCUGGUUUUUAUAUCAGGUUUGCUCACUCCCCCGUUUCUAAGUGCGAGCUAAACACAAUUUCGUGGAAAGUGUUUGUUUGAUGAAACUACCCUGGGUCAGUUUCAGUUUUCUCAAGCGAAAACGACAUAAUAAACGAACAUUUGGUACGUGAACCAAGAGUUUGAUCACGUUAGCCGAGAUUUGUUGGCAAGCGAUAGCAGAGCGUGAUUACGCUAGCCUCCGCUUGCUAUCGCGGUGGCGUUAGGUGUCGUAUUGUCUUCCUUUGAUGGUUGCGCAGUAAUUAUUGUUUUGAUAGUUCGUCAUCAAGUACAAUAAACAAGUCAUUUUCAGGGAGGAUUUUAACGAUUGAGAGAACACUUACACGCUUUUCACGAAGUUAAAACACAGUUCUAUGAUCAAAUUCAGCAGCUGGAAGUUUCAUAUGGUAGAUCAAUAAUAGAACUGAAACUGAAACAAUCGUACCCCAAGCCAGCCGCUUUAGUUUUAUUGAUUCGAGCAGUUCUACUGUCAAAUUUAAAGGUGGUUUUGGACAGUGUUCUAGUUCUAGAUGCAUACAUUAUGUUAGUUUUAAAAUUUGAAUUUGGAAAUUAUUAUAAGAAAAACUGGCAGCCUCGACAGUGCUUUACUCGUGUUUCUAAUAUCUCGGUUCAUUUUUCAGAAGGCCGUAAGAGCAGCUGACAGUUUCUCUUUGUUUACUACGGUUUACACGUUUAUCACUUAACUCUUUGCAUAGAAUGAUGCCCAAAACUUUCGACUUUUUUUUGAACUGUGAAAUCCAAGAAAAAAUUUUUAAUCACAUCACAAUAAUCGAAAGAGAGAGUGAACAGAGAGAAACUGUCACUUGCUCUUACGGCCUUCUGAAAAAUCAAACGAGAUAUAGAAAAAAAUGAACUGCCCCAUAUGCCAGUUUCAAAUUUGUCAGCAGUUCUAAUUUAAAACUGGCAUGCGUUUAUAGCAAAUUCAACAGCUGGAAUCUUCCUAUGGGAGAUCUAUAAUCGAACUGAAAUUGAAACAACGUUACCCUCAGGACAAAUUUAGCAACUGCAAGAUUCAUAUGGGAGAUCUAUAAUCGAGCUGAAGUUGAAACAAACGUAUCCCCAGCAAGCUGUUUUAGUUUUAUUUAUUUGAACAGUUCUACUGUCAAAUGUAGGACUGGUAUACGCUGCCGUUCUAUAUUUUCUAUAUUUGAAACACAGAUAAAACGUUGCUGGGGCUGCCAGUUUAUUUUGUUAUAAAUUUUAGAUUUGAAUAUUAAAACUGGCAUAAAUUAUGCAUCUAGAACUGGAACACUCCUGAUAAUGCCCUCAGCCAGGCGUUUUAGACUUAUUUAUUCGAACUGUCAAAUUUAAAACUGGUAUACGAGGCCGUUCUUUUGUUCAAUAUUUGAGGGUAUAUUCAGUAGUAUUCUCGUUCUAUUUUAGAUGCAUAAUUUAUGCCAGUUUUGAAAUUUAAAUCUAGAUUGUUUAACAAGGAAAACUGGCAGUCCCAGUAGUGUUUUACUCGUGUUUCAAAUAUAGAAAAUCCGACCGAAGAACUGUUAGAAAAAAUAAAACUAGAACGGCUUGCUGGGAUACGAUUGUUCUAGUUUUAGUACUAUUAUAGAUUUUCCGUAUAAAAUUUCUAGCUAUGAAACACGAGAAAACACUGCUGGGGCUGCCAGUUUUUCUUUUUAUAAUCUCCAAAUUCAAAUUCAAAAACUGACAUACAUUAUGCACCUAGAACUAGAACACUCCUGAACGCGCCCUUACAGGUCAGAACUGUUCGAAUGAAUGAAACUAAAACGGCUUGCUGGAGAUAGGCUUGUUCCAGUUUCAGUUCUACUAUAGAUCCUCCAAAUAAUACUUCCAGUUGCUUAAUUUGCUCUUUUUGAUAUGAUUUUCAGAUUAAAAUUCUAACACUGACUUAAGUUAAGCUUAUAGAAUUAGAACACUUCUGAAUUUGCCCUAAUUUGGAAAAUAAAAUAUGCCCUGUAUUGAAAAUAAAUCGAAACUGUUCACCAGUUUUGCGUAUGAUAUUAAAACUGUUCGAAUCAUUAGAACUAGUACGUCUUGCAUCCCGGAUUGGCGAUUCAACGCACUGAUCUCACAAACCUAUUGUCGUAGAGUCGAGCCCCAACUUGGAAGAAUUCCUAGUGUCAGUAGGACUAGCCACGUAAAGAUUUUGUAAGCUAAGAAUCGGCAGCCUGUUGCGUGUUGUAAAAUGUUAAAUUCCUCAAAAGGAAUGAACCAUCAAGGCUUUGAUUUUCGAACCCAUCCAACAACGGAUAGUUAAUAUUAGGUGAAUAGCUUUCAAACUCACAUUGAAUUUAUAAAAUUCAAGAGUUGAGGUUAUUGAGCUUAUUGGAUAAACCGUAUUGCAACUCUUUCUGCAUUUGAGUUUACUCGUCUAAGUUGCUUCAUGCCUUCCGGGUAAAUUUUUAGUGUGGUCGAACGAAUCUUUGAUCAUUAUGAACCGCUUGUAUUGUUAUAUUUUUGUUUAAAAUAAAGAUAGAUUCUUAUUUUAUUAGAAAAAAACAUGAACUUAUUUUCAAUCCAUUUUAAAAUCGUGUUAUCGAAGCAACUGCAGGCUUCUUUAGAAGUUCCAAUAUAAGAUCAAACCUAUUUUGAACCGAACACUCUGCACUCUGUACCGGUUGCGCUAAAAACGAAAGAACCCGAACACAAAUCGCACAUCACACUCACUUUUCAAAAUCCCCCGAAAAUAUGAAUGAAAAAAAAAUGGCUGUCAAAAGGGAAGCAGAAUAUAAUGAAUAUUUAAUAUCCUCUGCUUACUCAGCACCACACCGGUUCGGAACCGACCGAGGCAAACAUUUAUUUUUUUGUUUUGUCAGAUCUCCCGACGAACCUUUUUUCGCCUUCCUAGUGUGUCGUGUCGGAGCCGAGUAAGCGAGACAUUUAAAACUGUGAACGGCGUGCGCUCGCUGAGAGAAAAAUGACGAAUUUCUACGCCUGAUCUGUCAGCCCCCAGUUGCUCCGCAUGCAGGCGUCGAGUGACCGAAGAGCACACAGGAUCUAGGAUUUGUACAUUUACAUUGCAACAAAAGAAAGUUAUUAUUAGUAGUAAAGUUAAAACGAGAUAAAAAAAAUGAUACAAAAAUUGAACAAAACAACUGAAUAAAACAUAAUAACAUUUAAAGUUAGCUGAAGAUCGGUGCUUUUUCCAGAAACAAGGGAAGAACUAGAAAAAUCUACAUUAUUUGCAGGUUUUUCGAACAAACGUUUAACUCUUAAUCUCAGAUCUAAGGAUAUCCCAGUACAUUUAGAGCAACAAUUGUAUUAAGAUUAAUGAAACAAACAAAAACAAAUAUUUUAAAGUAAAGGAAAACUAAAGUCGAAUCAAUAGUGAACUGCAAUCGACCCAAUUGAAAGGAACAUUUUACGGUGGCCAAACGAAAUAGAAAUAAACACAGUAAACAGAACACAGUAAUGAUGUACGAUGCAAAUGACUAUAAAAACAAGCGAACAAUCUAACCACUCACACACACUCUAAGGCAGUUUCCGAACACCAUCACAACUGGUCAGAAAAUUCGUACCUAGAGAACCUAGAGCAGAGCUUCAGUUUUUUUUUCUCCCCAAAACAAAACAAAAAAAAAACCGCGCCCAUUUGCAAAAUGUUGGUCCGGUUGUUCGAACAAGAGUACACGGGAAAAAAUUAAAAUAAUAGCACAAAUAGAAGUAUAGUUUAACGACAAAUAAAACCUACAUCUAGUUCGUAGGAUAUUUGGGUAAAAGCCACACACUCACACAAUCACCCGAUAAAUUUUGCUGAUUUGUUAACUUCAAAACGUGAUGCAAUAACCCGAGCCGAGUACCCACCGCCAAUUUUAGUGUCUAGCCACAAACACCGACAUAAAAAAACUCUUCACCAUCAUUCAGGAAAUUCUUCGCUUCUGGAAAAUUUUUAUCGCUCUAUUUUUUUUUCGAGGCUCACACGCAACAUGAUAUUUUUGUUAUCCUUAUUAGUUUUGUUUGUAUGUUGUAGCAUAAUGAGAAAUAAAAACACUUGUGUACUGUGUACAUUGGAGAGAAAAAAGAAAUGUAAUAAAUAAGAAAAUUUUCUAUGGAAAUAUUGUGAAUAUAAACUCUUUUAUUUAUCAUGAAAAAGUGGAACAAAAUCGUCAAAUACGCAAAGAUAAUAACUAAUUAUAACCAUAUGAACAAAAUGAAAUGUUAGUUGUUUUUAAACGACAUUUCCUUUUCAAGUUAUUUGUCGCUUGUCAAACAAACGCCGACUGAUUUAGGACUUCUAGGUUUCGUUACUCUUGUUUGAAAAUCCAAUCGCAAUAUCUAUAACUGGCUGGUAGUUAUGUUUUCCUUAUGACCUACCAAAUUCUUUUAUCUGCCUAGCAUAUAAAGUCAAAAGUACCGAACAAUUAAGAAAACCAUUCAACCUGUAAUUGCUUGUAAGGAAAACAAAAUAUCCUGUGAGAGAAGAGCAUUGACUGAUUAACGUUAGUGAAAUAGAGAACCAACCAAGCUCUGACUAGUUUUUUUUUUAGCAAACAUUUGGCAUGAGAAACGUUGUUGUUUCGUUUCAGUUCGACGUAUUCUACUGUUUUUAUUUUUUCUUCUAACAAUUCGAUUGUCAAUCGAGGCUGCGGUGGAGAAAUUUUGUGAAAAUAUUCUUGCUGUAAACAAAAAAAAAAACAAGAAACGGAUCGGUGGUGUGAUUAGUUUUCACGUUGAAUGACAAUUUGAAAUUUUAGCUUCUUUACGUAUCACACCAGGACCAGCCCGAAGGCGAAACGGAAACCUGUGUACAGACGAGAUUUUUACGAUUCAAGUGGAAGAGAAUUAACACACCUGCAAAUAAUAAUAAUAAUAAUAACACUAGGAAGCAUCACUAGCCUGUAGGAACCAAAACAGUACUGAAUUUGUAUAGUAAAAACAAAUGAUUAUUGAUUAUCACAAGUAAUCUCUAAAAUAACAGUUUAAAACAAGGUACGGUAACAACUAUUGAAGCGAUACUGCUAUGGAAGUCUUUAUAAAAAUAAAAAAAUCUUCAUUGAAUUA